AUGAUGGGGCACUAUUCCUCCCACUGUGACACCAACGAUGGGACCCUAUUCCUUUCCCCCACUGACACCAACGAUUGGGCACUAUUCCUCCCCCCACUGACACCAACAAUGGGGCACUAUUCCUCCCCCCCACUGACACCAACGAUGGGGCACUAUUCCACCCCCCCACUGACACCAACGAUGGGGCACUAUUCCUCCCCCCCACUGACACUGCGAUGGGGCACUAUUCCUCCCCUCCACUGACACCAACCAGGGAGCACUAUUCCACCCCCCACUGACACCAAUGAUGGAGCACUAUUCCUCCCCC